AACAUUCUAGGUUAAUGAGGUAGACUUCUCAUCUUACAACUAAACAAAACAAACAAGAAUUCCGUCCCUGAAAACAAAACUUCAUCUUUUGAAAAAAUAGAGAUUUCUUUAUUCAUGUUUCAAUUUUCAAUUUAUUUAAUUUCUUCAUCUUGUGCUGUUUCUUGAAGCAAUUUCUCUCUUUCAACCAACUAACCCUUAUACUACUAAGACAUCCCAACAAUUCAUUCAUUUCCCAAUAAAUACACCGUAUUUCCUCAAUUAGGGUAAAUCUUCUAAAAAUCCCCCAUUUCUGUUUCUCAUCAAUGAUUGGAUUUCUGGACAAGAAGAAGAUGUUGGAAAUCUCAAUGUGGGUUUUUGUUGUUUAUCUCAUUUUGGGAUUUGGUGCGAAGAUUGGUAUUGCCGCUGCUGAAGAACUCGAUCAGAAUCAACUCACUGAACGAAUUUCAGGUAGUGCCGGUGAUGUCUUGGAGGAUAAUCCAGUGGGAAGAUUGAAAGUGUUUGUUUAUGAGCUUCCAAGCAAAUACAACAAGAAGAUCCUGCAGAAAGACCCUAGAUGCCUUACACACAUGUUUGCAGCUGAAAUUUUCAUGCAUCGAUUCUUGAUGUCAAGUCCUGUCCGAACGUUGAAUCCCGAAGAGGCUGAUUGGUUUUACACGCCUGUAUAUACUACAUGUGACUUGACGCCUAAUGGUUUACCAUUGCCAUUUAAAUCUCCUCGGAUGAUGAGAAGCGCUAUCCAGUUGAUUUCUUCGAAUUGGCCUUACUGGAACCGGACUGAAGGGGCUGAUCACUUCUUCGUCGUUCCCCAUGAUUUUGGUGCUUGCUUUCACUAUCAAGAAGAAAAAGCUAUUGAACGUGGGAUUCUUCCGUUACUCCAACGUGCUACGUUGGUUCAGACUUUUGGGCAACGCAAUCAUGUUUGUUUAAAUGAUGGUUCAAUCACAAUUCCUCCAUAUGCUCCUCCACAGAAGAUGCAGGCUCACUUGAUUCCUCCUGACAUUCCUCGGUCAAUAUUUGUGUAUUUCCGAGGUCUGUUUUAUGAUGUUGGAAACGAUCCAGAAGGUGGUUAUUAUGCAAGAGGUGCACGUGCUUCAGUUUGGGAGAACUUUAAGGACAAUCCACUGUUUGAUAUCUCAACAGAACACCCAACUACAUACUACGAAGACAUGCAACGAGCUGUUUUCUGUUUGUGUCCAUUGGGUUGGGCUCCAUGGAGUCCGAGAUUGGUCGAGGGUGUGAUAUUUGGUUGCAUUCCUGUUAUUAUUGCAGACGACAUUGUCCUACCCUUUGCUGAUGCGAUCCCGUGGGAGGAUAUCGGUGUGUUUGUUGCUGAAAAGGAUGUCCCUAAGUUGGACUCUAUUCUCGCCUCCAUCCCCCCGGAAGAUAUAUUGAGGAAACAAAGAUUACUUGCCAACCCUUCAAUGAAACAGGCUAUGCUGUUCCCUCAGCCUGCUCAAUCAGGAGACGCUUUCCAUCAGAUAUUGAAUGGCCUAGCUCGUAAAUUGCCACAUGAUAAAAGCGUCUACUUGAGGCCAGGAGAGAAGAUCCUGAACUGGACUGCAGGCCCAGUAGGAGACCUGAAGCCUUGGUAGUAUGAUCAGAUUUGUACCAGACAGGGAAUAUUAUUGUCUGAAUUCGGUUCUGUUUCAUUCAUUCCGAGGAGAUGAGUUGAAGUCAAUCUAAGAGUUGGUGGGCUUCAUUCGAAGUGAUGUAAAAAUCUACAUUUUGUUGAAAGAGUUGCAUUUUAUAGAUUUAUUGUUGUCAUUGUAGCUUUACUUUUGUGAUGAACAUUUUGUAAUUAGUGAACUUGGUGGGGUGUAAAGUUUAUACUGGCACCCAUUAAAAUCGUGCAACAGGGGAAGAUUUUAUCUCAGCAUUUGUGGUUCUUAAAUUACUAGAGAGUAUUAUGAUGUUUAAGAACAUAACUUUUGGA